UCAUUUCAAAAGAUGACUAAAAUCACCAUUGUUGCUAUCUUCAUUGUCUUCUUCCUAGGGAUGAUGGCAAAGGAGACACAAGGACAACAUAUAUGUCAUCAGAUUCUGAUGAAUGACCAUUGUGAGGGAGCCAUAUGCACAGAUCUGUGUGACAAGCAGUUGCAAGGAACUGGCCAGUGUUAUUUGACAGUUGCCAGACAAUUUAUAUGCCUCUGUAAUUAUAUUUGCAAAACUUAAAGAGAGUCUUUUUGUUUUCUUCUUAUUCUGGUUCUUCUUGUUGUCUACCAUAAACUAUCAUCAAGCAAUUAAAAAAAAAA